AGCGACAUAUCAACCACAGUCCUCGAGUGCAACACUAGAAACGGUGUACUUUUCUGUUUAUAGGUUUAUUUAUCGCCUAACUUCAGCUUGCUACAAUGCAAAGACCGAAUUUUCGACACCCUGGCGGUUUUGGAGGACCGUCCCCGCGCCCCGGAGGAUUCAGGAGUCCGCCACCAGGUUUCGGAGGUGGACAAAGUGGCAUGGAAUCUCCCCCGUGGGGCUUUCCAUGUGGCCCACCUUCACCAUAUAUGCCACGAUUUGGAAAAUUAGGUGGUUCUCCAAAUAGUCCUUCGGGUGACUUUAGAGGUUCUGAUGGCAAUUUUAACCGCGGAGGUGGUAGUGGGGGUAAACCGUGGCAGAGAGGCUCAUCUCCAGGCAGUUACACACCGCGUAGGCCGUAUGAAAACAACCGCGGGUUUUCACCUAGAUACUCUCCAUUUCAGUCUCCAAGUCCAAGACACGGCGGAUACCAGGGUUCACCCCGGACUUCCACCCCAUCCAGGUCGUCGAGUGGCAGGGGUGCAGAUAACGUAGAAAACUAUUACAAACCUUCAAUGGUACAAGACCCCUGGGCUAGUCUCAAACCAGUAUCAGUUAAAGAUGUACAGGACAAAUGUGGCACACCGAAGGGACAGAACGCAUGCAGGAAAAACAGAUACUUCUGAUGGAAUGCAACUCACGAAUUCACAGACUUUCAGUUUUUUAAUCCUUAAUUCUGUUUUUAAACAUGUAUCGGGUCGAUACGGAUGGCGCUGACUUGCAUAAUGGCAGUACUGAAGUUUUCUUUCGGUAUUUACCAGCAAAAUGUUUAGUGAGAUGGGCAUAACGGAUGACUUGAUGUCAUGAUGAUUCACCAGCGUUACUGGAAGACCUGUUUCUUUUCUAUUGUCCAGACCAUCACUGCCUAUGGUGUCGCAAAGUAACAGCAGAAAACUUUUACAGCUCGACACAAGACCGUCACAUCAAUUUACAAUUGUACAUGCAGAGGUUUUAAUUCAUUUUUUAAGCACUGAUUUUGUUCACCUCUUUGACCAGUACAUAUUUUGUAUAGUUAGUGUGAUGAAUUGAGUUGAAAACCAGACCCAAGUCACAUCAAUUUACAAUAGUACAUGUAGAGGUUCUGAUUUAUUUUUGUUAGUUAACCACUGCUUUUGUUCGCCUCAUUGACCAGUACAUAUUUUAUAUAGUUAGUAUGAUGCAUUGAUUUGGGGGAAAACGCAUUACCAGCAAGACUGCUUUGCUAAGGGCGAAGUCUGAACUCUUUUGUACACUUCAAGUUUUGUACAAGUCAAUUCAUAAUCCUUAUGCAAUACAGUUGACAAAACUCAGGACUCAUGUUGGGCUUGGAGAUUGAGUUACUACCAGUGUGAAUGUUUGUAUGGUAAACGAUACCAAUAUGUAAUUCCACUGUGGUAGAGAAAUAUUAAACACGUUCAAAACAAU